AUGAAAACUCAAAUUCCCAGAAUGCAAUCGGGUAGAGAUGGAUAAUCGCGUCGGUUCCAUCAGUGGUCGGUGCCGUUUGUCAGUUUCAUUGCAGUCUCACAGCGACGAGAAGUAAUGGCUGCAGCUCUUUCCCGUGCCCUGAAGCUGCCCGGGAAGAAGGGCUCUGACCUCGGGGAGUACGACCCUCUCACCCAAGCAGACAGCGACGAUGAGAGCGAAGAGGACGACCUCGUGCUCAACUACCCCAGAAACGGUCUGGGCAGAGACAGCUGCCUGGGCUCGGGGUCAUCGAAGCUGCGCGGGGGGAGACCUGGGCGACACGUUGGCGCCACUGAUGAGGUGCAGGAUGAGGAGGAAGAGGAGGAAGACGAGUGGACGGACCAACUGGCCAGCAAGUCCAGAAAGGGCAGAGACAACCUGAAGGGCGGCCAGUACUGGAGCCACGGGGACUCAGCAAUCAGGGAGGACAGAGGAGGAGCUGGGACGUCUGGGGCUGCUGGGCUGGGGGCUCACAGCUCUGAGGCAGAGGAGAAGAGGAGGAGGGUGAAAAAUGCAAUCCGUAGUGCAUUUUUCCUGGUGCCGCUCGCUUGUUCCACUUUGAUUUUGCUGCUGUGUGCGUUUCUGCUUCCCUGCCAGAAGGCAGAGCUGGAAAAAAAGCUGCAGUGGGAAAGAGCGCUGGGAGAUGCAGGAGGUGUCACUCCACCCGCCCUAGCUUUAUGGGAUGUUGAUGGUGAUUCAGUGGAGGAUGUGCUUCUCGGUGUUACUGAAUGGAUCAAUGGCACACAUGCAACACAAAGGAGCAAAGUUUACAGCGCGGUGGCGGUCUGCGCCGUCAGCGGUCGGGUGCUGUGGAGGAAAGUCAUGAAUGAGUCUGUGAUGUACAUCCAGUGCGGACUGCAGCGCGGCACGCAGCCGUCACCCGUUUGCCUCAUUAUCGGAAAAUCUGUCCUCAUGGCGGUGAACGGCACCACAGGGAAGAAGCUGUGGUCGGUUGUCCUUAGGAACAUUGAAUCCCAGGCAGUGUUACUCCCUGACAUCCAGGACGACUCAGUCCCAGACCUCCUUGUAGCGACGCUGCCUGCCAAUGAGACUUUGGAUUUGUCUCUGACUUUGAUCUCUGGACUGACGGGAAAGAGAAUUGGACAUCCUGUCCCCUUCAGCCUGACAGGACAAGGAAAGCUGAUCGGUCCUUUGCUGCAUGAGACGCAGCUUGGAGCUUUUUACAUCCUGUUUGGACUCGGUAACGUCCAGGCCAUCUCCUUACAAGACAUCUGUCUUCGUGCUUUGGGCAAACUUCCCAAAACUCGUGCUGUUAGGAGGAAGGAUGAGAGCUGGGAGAACCUGAAGAAAACCAAUUUGACCUCUUUUAUUCGCAUCUACCGAGGUUCGGAGCGUGUGGAAUUCCUACUCCCUCUAGUGGCUGGUUUUGGAAACAACCGCUACAGCCUGGACCCAGCAUCCAACCUGAACCGGAGCAGAAGCGACUGGGUGUUGGUUUACGGAGCCAGCAUCCUGUCCGUGCUCAGACAGCGUGACUUGCACAAAGAGUGGACGUUCAGCUCAGCUCCGAUUCACAGUCAACCAGCUUUGGGUCAUUUUAACAACGAUGGAGUUCUGGACAUUUUUUUUCAGCAUUCAGCUAACGGCACCAUGACCGCGCUAAUUAUUAGCGGGUCAAGCGGCAGCCUCCUCUGGAAGGCCGACUUUGUGUGUCCCCGUCUGGUUUUGGAACCAUCCGCCAUAUCAACCUCAUCGGGCCUAUCGGCUUUCCUGUUCUGGGCCAGCGAGCCGAUCAGAACACAAGGAAACGUUGCCAAGACAACGAUGGCGCCGGGCGUCGCCACGGCGGCACCGCUCAUCAGAAAGCUCUUCCUGAUGCAUCCUGCUCAUCCCACAGUUCUGCUGCAGCUCAGCAGCACAACCGACACAGCAGUCACAUCCGCAGUGAGUUACCUGGAACAUCUGAAAGACGCCACCUACAUCACCGUCUCCUCACGGCCUAUGACCGACUCGGAGCCCAGCACCCGGAUAGUGGAGAGCACCAGCCUCAGAGUGGCCAUCAGGAGAGGACAAACGGUCCUGCUGGAGGGAGACGAGAAACCCGGUGGAGCCGCUAAACUCAGCACGACGGAGGCAAACUCGUUCUUCAGGCGUCUCUCCUUCAAACGUCAGGAAAUGUUGCCAUAAGAGGAUUUUUAGUUGAUAUUUCUUUUAGACGCCGAGUAUUAAAUAAGCAUGUUUUGUUUAGCAAUGAGCACGAGCCUCCAUCAUGCCACAGAACUGGGACGGCCUGGGUGAAAGGGACAACAGUUCUGAACAUGUCUGCACUCAAGGGUCACCAUCCAUCUAAGGCUGUUUACACCAAUUAGAAGUUUUUAAUUUCAGUGAAAUCAUUUUGUGAAAAAAAUGGUCUCAUGUUAAUUUAUGUUUUUAUUGUUAUCAAAAGUCUUAAUUAACUUAUUUUCCUUUUUUUAUAUAUUUAUUUAUCUAAGCCAGAGUUAGUUAAUUCUGCAGCCGAAACACAAUUUUAAUUGCUGCUAAGACAUUUACACUCAUUGACAUUCUAUAUAUAAGAUCUGUGUGUUCAUGUCUCCCGAUAACCUGUUUUCAUAAGCUGUUCUCAUCUGCCUUCUCCUCAACACUAAGUUAUACUAGAAUGAGUCUGUGAAUAUUUAAUAAUGUAAAGGAUUUAUUUUCUGUGAUGUUUUUGGAUCAGUUUUUUUAAGGAUUGUGAGAUUGAGUAAUGUUUUAUUACAUGCUGGAAUAAGCUGGGAUUUUACACGAUGCAACUGGAAGUAAAGUGCUGCCUGUAC